CUACGGUACAAAUGGACGCCGGAACCUAUAUACAACAGGUACCUACCUCUACCUAGAGGUAUUCAAGACGUCAACGACUCAACGGGAGCUUUCUUUCCCAUAAUACGUCUCCUCACUCAGUGGCUGCCCAUCAUGAUCAUCGGUCUAACCCUCAAUCAAACCUCCGACCAAUGGAAGCGCGACAUCCGUCUCGCCUCCGCAGCCUCCAUCGACGGAUUCGCCCUCAACAUCGGCGCAGCAGACCACUUCACCUUUUCGUCCCUACACACGGCCUACGAAGCUGCUUCGACCUUUGACAACAACUUCAGUCUCUUUUUGUCAUUCGACUUCAGCGCUUCUUCAGGUAGUACGAACGGCGGGUGGAGUGUCGACUACAUCGCCAACCUGACCAACUCCUUCAAAGACGAGCCGGCGCAGUUCAAGAUCGAUGGGAAACCGCUUGUUAGCACGUUCGAGGGUGUUGACUUCCGGGAGGAAUGGAGGGAGGUGAGGAAGAAGGUGGAGGGGGAUAUUGUGUUUGUGCCCGAUUGGAGCAGUGUCGGGCCCGAGGGGGUGAGGGAGCGGGUGGGGGAUGUUGAUGGGGCUUUCUCCUUCGACGCCUGGCCCCGUCCCUCCCAAUCCACCCUAACCACCUUUUCCGACGACGGCUACUUGUCCGCCCUCUCCAACUCCAGCUCACCCCCCAACUCCAGCAACUCAAAGUCAACCUCCCCCAACAACAACAACAACAACAACAACAACAACAACAACAACAACAACAACAACAAAAUCUACAUGAUGGGAAUCUCCCCCUACUUCUACACCCGCGUCUCCAGUUACAACAAAAACCGGUACUCCCCCUCCGACACCCUCUGGCCCACGCGCUGGUCCCAAGCCCUAGCCUUAAAACCCGACCUCCUCCAAAUAAUCACCUGGAACGACUUCGCCGAAUCGCACUACAUCUCCGACCUCGUCGUACCCUCGCAAAUCCUCCCCGAAGCUCAAAGUUACCGGAGGAGGAAGGGACUUACAGACGAGGAAUGGCCAAGAGAAAAAUUGGGCGAUGGCGUGGUUGCUGCUUGGUAUCGGACUACGCUGGUGAAUGUUACUGCCUGUGCAGAUGGGGGCACGAAGUGGGGACAGAGUGGUGAGAAGAGUGCGAAAGAGGCUGUGGAGAGGGAUGUGGUUAAUGUUUUGGCUGUUGUUAGGAGGGAUAUGGAGGUUGUUGUUAGUGUUGAGGGCACAAGAAAAAAAGUGGUAACCAAGGUGAAGAAGGGAGGGGCGAGGUUCUUUCAGGUGGGGUUUGAGGAGUUGGGACUGGGACCAGGACAGGGGAAUAAGAAGGGCGGCAGGAAGGUGAGGAUUGAGAUGAAUGGGGAGGUGAGGGAGGGAGCGGAGGUUAGGGAUGAGUGUCCUGAGAGUGGGGUGAUUAACUUUAAUGCUGCGACUGUUUAUAUCGCUAAUAGCACGCAUCCGGAUACUGGGAGUGACAGUGGUGGAUCUGGAGGCUCUGAUUCUGGGUCUGGGUCUGGGUCUGGACCCGAAGAUGGGAAGGGUGAUGGAGAUGAAGACAGUGACGAGAACGCUGCUGUGCCGGGACGGAGUGUUGGUGUAACUGCCGCUUUGAUGGCAUUCAUUGGCUUUGCGCUGUUCAACCUUUAA